AUGCCGGCCGGCAGCAGGAGACGACGAGAUGUAGACGACGACGCCGAUGACGACGACCAGCGACCGCGCCAGCGAAGGACACGCGAGAGCUCCGUGCAGGAAGACGCAGACGCAGACGCAGACGCAGACCCAGAUCCAGACCCAGACCCAGAGGAAGCCGACGAUGAUGGUGCAGACGUCUCGCGCAGCGGCGCCGAACCCACGGGCGACCAGCAGCUCGCCAAGAAGCUGAUCCGCUACGCCAUGGCCCUGCGACUACGCCCGCCAGCCCAUCCGCAGAGACGGCAUCAAGGGAGAGGGUUCUCGCCGACCAGGGGCCAUCCAAGACGCCAGACGCCGAGGCGAGGCGGCUACGUCGCCUUCUACACCCUCCUCACGACCAUCAUCCUGCUCAGCGGCGGCGAGCUCAGCGACGCCAAGCUGCGCCGCCACCUGCACCGCCUCAACGCCGAGGACAACGUCGGCACCGAGCCGACCGAGGACGUGCUGAAGCGCAUGCAGGCGCAGGGCUACGUCGUCAAGCGCGUGCAGCGCGACGUCGCGAGCCAGGCCCACGACGCCCUCGAGAACACGACCUGUGAGCCCCACGUUCUACCGUGA